UGCGUCUGGCCCCCAGGCUCCAGCUGCCCCGUGGGCUCAGGCCCGGAGCCCAGAGCAACCAGCACCAUAGCGUCCAACAGCUGGAACGCCAGCAGCAGUCCCGGGGAGGCCCGGGAGGAUGGGCCCGAGGGCCUGGACAAAGGGCUGGACAAUGAUGCGGAGGGCGUGUGGAGCCCCGACAUCGAGCAGAGCUUCCAGGAGGCGCUGGCCAUCUACCCGCCCUGCGGCCGGCGCAAGAUCAUCCUGUCAGACGAGGGCAAGAUGUACGGUCGAAAUGAGUUGAUCGCUCGCUACAUUAAGUUGAGGACGGGGAAGACCCGGACGAGGAAACAGGUGUCCAGCCACAUACAGGUUCUAGCUCGGAAGAAGGUGCGGGAGUACCAGGUUGGCAUCAAGGCCAUGAACCUGGACCAGGUCUCCAAGGACAAGGCCCUCCAGAGCAUGGCAUCCAUGUCCUCCGCCCAGAUCGUCUCGGCCAGCGUCCUGCAGAACAAGUUCAGCCCGCCCUCCCCUCUGCCCCAGGCCGUCUUCUCCACUUCCUCGCGGUUCUGGAGCAGCGCCCCCCUCCUAGGACAGCAGCCAGGACCCUCUCAGGACAUCAAGCCCUUUGCACAGCCCGCCUACCCCAUCCAGCCGCCCCUGCCGCCCACGCUCAGCAGCUAUGAGCCCCUGGCCCCGCUGCCCCCAGCCGCUGCCUCCGUGCCCGUGUGGCAGGACCGCACCAUCGCCUCCUCCCGGCUGCGGCUCCUGGAGUACUCAGCCUUCAUGGAGGUGCAGCGAGACCCUGACACGUACAGCAAACACCUGUUUGUGCACAUCGGCCAGACAAACCCCGCCUUCUCAGACCCGCCCCUGGAGGCUGUGGACGUGCGCCAGAUCUACGACAAGUUCCCCGAGAAGAAGGGCGGGCUGAAGGAGCUCUACGAGAAGGGGCCGCCCAACGCCUUCUUCCUCGUCAAGUUCUGGGUGAUCUCGACCAGCGAGCACGGCGCCCAGCACCACGUCUACAAGCUCGUCAAAGACUAG